AUGCCCGCGUCCCGCAUCCCGCUCAAGCGCUGCAGCGCCGCCGUCCCGGGCGUGGGGGAGCCCGGCCCCGCUGUCAGCAUGCCGCCCGCCAAGCGCCGCCGCGACCGCGUCGUCCCGUCGCGGUUCAGGGACUCGAUGCCGCCGCCCGCCAAGAAGCGCGCGGUGGUCGUGUCGCUGCCCGCGCCGGGCGGCGGGCUGGGGGUGAAGAGCAGGGACGGGGAGGUGUACAACGUCGAGGUGCUAAUGGCCGAGCCCAAAGGCGACUCCUUUGGUCCCGUGGAGACCGCGGUGUGGACGCCCGUGCGGCCGUCACCCACGGAUGCCGACCUGUACCGGGCGUGCCGUAACAUAAGCAAGAGCGGCAGCUUUGGGGGAGCUGCCAGUGGUAGUGUGCUCACGUCUGUGAGCAAUGCCGCCUCGGACGGUGGUGCUGGUGGCAAUGGCACCACUGCUCGAGUGAGCAAUGCCACCUCGGAUGGUGGUGCUGGUGGCAAUGGCACCACUGUUCCAGUGAGCAAUGCCGCCUUGGAAGGUGGUGCUGGUGGCAAUGACGGGCUGGAGGGGAGACCUGCUGUGGUGGAGUGCAAGCCCAAGAGGGAGACCAGUGAUAAGAAAGAGGAUUUCUACUGGCCGGAGGAUUUUGUGCUUGGGGAUGUUGUGUGGGCGAGGUCCGGGAAGAAGUCCCCGACGUGGCCUGCGCUGGUGAUUGAUCCCAUGCUGCAUGCGCCGGAAGUCGUGCUCAACUCCUGCGUUCCUGGCGCCCUCUGCGUCAUGUUUUUCGGUUAUUCCGCUAACGGGCAUGGCAGGGACUACGGAUGGGUUAAGCAAGGAAUGAUCUUUCCCUUUGUGGACUACCUAGACAGGUUUCAAGGACAGCCUCUGUAUAAGCUCAGACCAAGCAAAUUCCGUGCAGCAAUUGAGGAGGCUUUUCUUGCUGAACGUGGUUUUUUUGAUCUCGAAGUGGAUGGGAUAUGCUCACCGCGAAAGUCUGUAAAUAAGCAGUCUGAUCCUAAUGGCUUUCAGGAAGAGGCUGCUUCAAAUAAUGAGCAGGAGUGCCAAUCCGAGUCUCAGGUUGUUGGCAAAUCAGCACUGUCUUGUGAUAGCUGUGGUAAUCGCCUACCAUCCAAGGUUUCAAAGAAAAGGAAGCAAGGGGGUGAGCAGGUGCUUUGUAGGCACUGUGAAAAGUUAUUGCAGUCGAAACAAUACUGUGGCAUAUGCAAGAAAAUUUGGCACCACACAGAUGGUGGAAACUGGGUUUGUUGUGAUGAGUGCCAGAUUUGGGUUCACAUUGAAUGUGACCUGACAUGCAACAACGUGGAGGAUUUGGAAAAGGCAGAUUACUACUGUCCGGAUUGCAAAUCAAAACGCAAAACAGUUCCAGCAAUGGAAAAAAUGAAUACUUCCAUCAGUUCAGAAUGUGCUAGCACUUCAAAGGAAAAACUGACCGCAAUGAUAGCUGUUUGCUGCAACGGCGAGGAGGCACUGUAUGUACCUGAGAAGCACAUGAUACUAUGUCAAUGCAAGUCUUGCAAGGAAAGGAUGAUGAGUCUGAAUGAGUGGGAGAAGCAUACUGGCUCAAGGAAAAAGAAUUGGAAGAUGAGUAUUAGACAAAAGAGCACAGGGGAGCCACUCAUUAAUUUGCUGGAUGAUAUUCCUUGUGGGACAUCGAAGUCUUCUAACCCAGGCAUUAAGAAAGAAGAGCUGCUACAAUUGCAAGCUAAUGCUUACAGUCCUGUCUGUGCUAAAUGGACAACUGAACGCUGUGCUGUUUGUCGAUGGGUUGAGGAUUGGGACUACAACAAAAUUAUAAUUUGCAACAGGUGCCAAAUAGCUGUUCACCAGGAAUGCUAUGGUGCACGAGCUGUACAAGAUCUUACAACAUGGCUUUGUCGAGCAUGCGAAUUCCGCCAACAGAAAAGAGAAUGCUGCCUAUGUCCUGUCAAAGGGGGUGCUCUCAAGCCAACAGAUAUUGAGGGACUGUGGGUUCAUGUUACAUGUGCCUGGUUUCAGCCUAAAGUCUCUUUUCCGGUCGAGGAGACUAUGGAGCCAGCUAUGGGAAUAAUGAGCAUCCCUGUAGAGUACUUUAAGAAGACUUGUGUCAUAUGCAAGCAAAUGCAUGGUGCCUGCACACAAUGCUACAAGUGCUCUACGUAUUACCACGCAAUGUGUGCAUCAAGAGCUGGAUAUCGCAUGGAGCUGCAAUACUCUGAAAGAAGUGGCAGGCACAUUACAAAAAUGGUUUCCUACUGUGAUUUUCACAGUACUCCUGACCCAGACAAUGUGUUGACAAUGAAGACACCUGAAGGUGUUUUCUCUACCAAAUUUUUUCUCCAAAAUGGUGAGAAACAGACAGCUGCAAGACUCAUCAGGAAGGAAAAUCACCAGGAGAAAGUGCUUCCUCCUAUAGUUUCUGACUGUCUAGUCGCAAAGUGCCUGACCUAUGAAAUGUUGAAAUACAAGAAAGAACCAGGAGAGGCUAUUGCCCACCGGAUUAUGGGACCUCGACACCACUCCCAGGAUUUUAUUGAUGGCCUUAAUGCGUGCAUGGAUCGUAAGGACGAUCAAUCUUUUUCAACAUUUAAAGAGCGGCUUGAGUAUUUACAGAAAACUGAAAAUUUGAGGGUCUCUUGUGGUCGAUCUGGAAUUCAUGGUUGGGGGCUCUUUGCUGCAAGGAAUAUUCAGGAGGGGCAAAUGGUUAUUGAGUAUCGUGGUGAACAAGUUAGGCGGUGUGUUGCUGAUUUGAGGGAAGCACAGUACCAUAAAGAAAAAAAGGAUUGCUAUUUGUUCAAGAUAAGUGAAGAUGUUGUCAUCGAUGCUACUGACAAAGGAAACAUAGCACGCCUAAUUAAUCACUCGUGUAUGCCAAACUGCUAUGCUAGGAUCAUGACUGUCAGCGGUGACAGGAACCAGAUCAUUCUUAUUGCCAAGACAGAUGUCUCUGCUGGAGAAGAACUGACGUAUGACUACUUGUUUGACCCUGACGAAUCCGAAGACUGCAAGGUUCCAUGCCUGUGUAAAGCUCCUAACUGUCGUGGAUACAUGAACUAG